AAGGAGACAUAGCUUCAAAGUGUGAGUUGCUGGGAUAUACAAGGUAUUCAGAUUAGUAUGCCUCCAUUUAACGAAACAUCGUGGAAGCAAAAUGUUUUUGGCAGUGUUCCUGAUGUAAAUGCUGUUAAACAUCUUCUAGAAAGCAGUCAUUUCAACCCGAAAAGAGUUUUUUCGGAAAAUACCAAGACAUACUAUAUUUACUGCCAGCCUAUUCUUCUUUUACUUAUCAUAGGAUGGAUGGGACUUUCACUGAAACUUGUAUGGACACAUGAUUUAAAGAAGAAAUAUGGUAUAAUGAUAGCUUAUACAAGUCUAGACAUACUCGCUAGUGUGAUGCAAAAUGCCAUGUUCAUAGUCAAUUUUACGACAAAUGAUAACUAUGUUGAAUAUAACUGGUGUAUCGCAUAUGAAAUAGCAACCAACUAUUUUCCUGGUUGUUUGGGCAUGAUUUCACAGUGGCUUAAAAUUGGCUUAUCAUUAAUGGUUUUCAUCCUUCUUUACAAUCCUAUGAAAUUUAAAAUUAUUGUAAGUGCAAAAUCAUGUGCACUAUAUAUUUCAUUUUCUAUAAUAUGUCCAUGUGCUGUAAAAGUUGCAAGUUUUCUCAUGCAUUUCAAAAUUGAAAAAGAAACGAAAAUUGAAAAAGCUAAACAACAAAUCACUCAGACAUGUCGUUAUGUAACUAGAGUUACUGUGGGGACAAAACAAAUUGAUAGCAGUGAAAGUGUUUUACAUAUCAUCAAUGAUAUUGUUCAAGCAAUUUUACCAGGUAUUUUGAUGAUAAGUUUGGCUAUAGGAACCACAUUUAUCAUUAGAAAUCACACGAAAACCCGCAGACGUCUUCAGAGACAGCAAUCGAACAACGAAGAUUCCGAUUUUAGACUUGCAUGGGUGACAAUCGUGGCCACGGUUUUUCAUGUCAUUUAUGUCCUCCCAGUUAUAAUUAACAGGAUAGUUACGAGCUCCAGUAUUGCUUCAAUAGAUAUGUAUGAUACUACAACAACGGUUCUCCGAAUAUUGACUGUAAUCAGUGUCCCUAUUAAUUUCCUGAUAUUUAGUUGGCUGUCAAAAGACUUUAGAUGCAAAUGUAUAGCCAUAAUGAAGAAUAUAGGUAUCUUGUCUCGACCUGCGUCAUCUGAUUAGAAUAAUUGAUUUAUUACGUGUUGUUUGCUUAACUUUCUGUUUGUCUAUUUCAUUUUUAGCCAUGGCGUUGUCAGUUUGUUUUAGAUUUAUGAGUUUGACUGUCCCUUUGGUAUCUU